AUGGACGAAACAACUCCUCUCCUUCCAGGACAAAAUGACCACAACGACGAGAAUUCUACCACAACACGACGGACGUCAUCAUCAAGAAUUGUCAUCAUCCUCAUCUGGUCGUCUGUCAUUACAUCCGCUGUGAUCUUCGUGUACAACCUCGCCAUCUACCUGGUGGUGAAACUCUGGCCUUAUUAUGACUUUUUCCCCUGGGGAAUGAAAGAUGCCAUCGAAGCCUUGCUUCCUCUGAGCUUCCUAUGCGCGGUCGUCAGCCUGUUCGGCAUCUUCAAACUGACAGUCCCCAACGGCGCCGCAUGGCUCCUCAUCAACCUCAUAUUCGAUCCGUUGGUCGUAUUCCUCUUCAUGCUCAACCCCGUUCUUGGUCCUUCUAAUAUUGCGUACUGGGGAGAAUGCAAUGGCCGUGGUCACGGUUUCCCAGCCCCAGGGUUCGAGGCGAGAUGUGACAGGUUUGCAAACGCGGUCAAGGCGGCAAUGCUUGUGGGGCUUGUGUUUGAGAUGGUCAUCAUGUCUCUACAUCUGGUCUUUUUCGUCUGCGAUGUGGUGCUGGGGGUCAACAGACUCAAUGCGUACAUCAUCACUCUGAGCAUCCUCAGUUUGGUCAUCAUCUACCCAUAUGGCAACCUUCGAGCCAUCGACGCGUUCUUCUUCGGGGCCAGUGCCUCGACAGAAUCCGGGUUGAACACUGUUGAUGUCAAUCGCUUAAAAACGUAUCAACAGGUCUACAUCUACGUGGCCCCCAUCAUCAGCAACCUUGGUUUCAUCAACAUCCUCGUGGUGGUUGUACGGUUGCGCUGGUUCGAAAAGCGCCUCAAGGAACUUGCCCCUGCCUUUCUCCGGCAAAGACGGAAAGAUGACGCCGAAGCGGGAGGGGACAGUACUUCGAAGACGGCCACAACUUCAGACGCCACAACUACAGAAAAGCAAGACUCGGUUCCGAAUGAGUCGCAGAGUCCGCCCUUGCGCAAUCCAGACUCCCGGUUUCGAUCUCCAAGCAUCACCUUUGCCGAGAAUGUGCACAAUUCUGGCCGUAACAGGGCUCUAUAUGUUCCUCCUCCCUGGCAACGAGAUCAAGGACACCCCAUCGUGGAAGUCGACGAUGAGCUGAGCGACUGUGAGCGAACCAAAUCCACUGACGCUCAGAUCAACGCUGGAACUUCUCGCCGGCGACUCAAUCUGGCUCGGACAAACACGCUGGAGCGAGUUGCGUCCACAAUGUUUGUCCUCGGCCCGGUCCCCAGCCAUGGCCCCAAGGCCCAGACACAACCCCUCGACCAGUCCCUUUCGCAGCAGUUGGACCUGCCUGAACUGUCGUCGCAUGCUACGAUCGGCCGGAACUCACAAUUCCAUAACCUGACCGACGAGGAUCGGGAGACGCUGGGAGGGAUCGAGUACCGCAGUUUGAAACUGUUGCUCAAGAUCGUCACAGGGUAUUUCUUCGGGCUUCAUCUCUUUGGCGCAAUCUGCCUGGUCGGUUGGAUCCAGCACGCAAACCCCAAGUAUCGCGAAUACCUUGCCGAAUGUGGCCAAAGCAAGAUCUGGUGGGCCUUUUAUUCCGCCCAGACAAUGGUAGACAACCUCGGCUUCACCCUCACCCCGGACUCGAUGGUCAGCUUCCAGGACGCAACCUUCCCCCUGAUCGUCAUGAGCUUCCUCGCCUACGCCGGCAACACCCUCUACCCUUGUCUCCUGCGCUUCAUCAUCUGGACCAUGUCCAAGCUCUGCCCGCGCCACUCUUCCAUGAAAGAACCCCUCGCCUUCCUCCUUAACCACCCCCGCCGCUGCUACACCCUCCUCUUCCCCAGCAAACCUACUUGGGUCCUCUUCGCCAUCAUCUUCACCAUGAACCUGGUCGACGUCAUCCUUAUCAUCGUCCUUGACCUCCAUAACCCCACCCUCACCGUCCUCCCCGCAGGCCCCCGCGUCCUCGCCGCCAUCUACCAGGCCGCCGCCUCCCGCCACACCGGCACCGCAGUCUUCAACCUCGCAAACGUCAACCCCGCCGUCCAGUUCAGCUUGCUCGUCAUGAUGUACAUCGCUGUCUACCCCAUCGCUAUCAGCGUCCGCGCCUCAAAUACCUACGAGGAGCGCGCGCUCGGCAUCUACCCCGACGACGCGGCGACCAUCGACGAGUCGAACGGCCGCUCCUAUGUCCUCGCCCAUAUCCGCAACCAGCUUACCUUUGACCUGUGGUAUAUCUUCAUAGGCAUUUUUUGUAUCUGUAUCGCGGAGUCGGAUCGUGUCAUGGAUCCGGCGGAGCCGGCAUUCGCCGUCUUUCCCAUCUUCUUUGAGGUCGUUUCUGCGUACGCAAACGUGGGUCUGAGUCUGGGCUAUCCCACCGUGAAUACCUCUCUCAGCGGACAGUUCUCCGUCUUCAGCAAGCUGGUUAUCUGUGCGAUGAUGAUCCGCGGGCGGCAUCGGGGACUACCGUAUCAGCUGGAUCGGGCGAUUGUGCUGCCGAAUGAGCGGCUCGAUGAUAGUCUGGAGCUGGUUGAGGAUGUGAGGGCUGUGAGGCGGCUGGGGAGGAUUAAGCGGUUUCAUACUAGUUAG